AUGCACGCCUACUUCGGACCCAAUGCCCUGUCCGAGUUGCCCGAUCAAGAGGUUGUCGAGGACAACUCUCACGACGAGGACAUGGCUGCCCAGAAGAGCAAGAACAGAAAUCGCAGGGCUAGCGAAGGAUCCCACCUCAUAAAGGGCGACAAGAAGUCUGGCUCAGACCUCCGCUGUGACACAUGCGGGAAGGGUUACAAACACAGCAGCUGCCUCACCAAGCAUAUGUGGGAGCAUGACCCCGCGUGGGCAAUUACCUCUAAGCUACUCAUCUCCAAGCAUCAGCAGGUCCAGCUCCUUGAGGCUGCCUCGGUCUUGUGCAACAUAAAUGCCGAGGUGCAGGCUGAGAUGGACGUCUCUCAGGUCGAUCCGAGCGAAGUAUCAUCGGCCUCUCCAGAGUACUCUGGCUCCUCUGAGAUACCCGAUGAGCUGAGUUCUGUCGAAACCACCCCGCCACCUAUGAGCGAGGGCUACCCUGUGCCUAGCUCGAAACGAUACAGUGGUGGUAGCAAUCUAUCCCGCUCGUAUCGCUCGAUGCACUCUAGCUCGUACGCUGAUAGCGUGGUGUCACCGGGCUUCCCUCCUGCAAAGCUCUCCGGCGUCAGUGACUUUCGUCCAACCACCUCCGGUACCGACGACGGUGUUCUGGCUGCCGCUACCGCAGGACUGAACUUCUCCAACACCCCUCGAACGAGAGCCUCGGUCAUGAAUUCAGACGUGCCUCCUGUACCACCUUUGCCGCAACAAUACCAGUCCUACAACAGCAAGUCAUCUGACAGCACUUUGACCAAUGUCUAUAGCCCAAUGGGCAUGCAUCCACCGGCGUUCGCGCACAACAUUUCUGAUGAGCGGCACUAUCGUGCUGGCAGCGACGACAGGCACACGGACCAUUUCCGUCGCAGCAGCUCGCACGGCGAGGACGAGGAGAUGUUCAAGAUGGACGAGUCAUAA